UCUUGUUUAAUUCUUUUCUUCGCAGACAAAGAACCUAUACCCAUCUGCUGUGCUCUUAUUACGUUUCUUAUUCCAUCUUCCUUCUUUCCUUUUAUAUUCAAUUUUUGCAACUCCAUUCCGUCAAACUAGAAUUUCUUGUCAGAUUAUUGUUGAAGAUUCCUCACAGAAUUCUUCAACCUUUUUAGCUCUCUUCCUUCCUGAUUCAUUCUCCUACCCUGUGCCAGCUAUCUAUCGACGUUACUGUAAUUUGCAUCUUCGUGGUCUUUUCCCUUCGAACUUCUGUUUCUUGCUUUACCGGUGGUCGAGGAUUGAAAUUUUUGAUUAAUCCGAAGGAGAAUUUCAAAGGGAACGGACAUUCGAAAUACAUCAUAUAUACUAGCUCUUUAGAUUCUCUCUUUCUCGAAUCUAUUUCUGGUUAGUUUCUUUCUCUCCUAUAAGGAGAUACAAAUUUCCCAAAUUUGUGAAGGAGGACAAUCCGGAUAGAGAUCGAAGGCUCAGGAACGUGUUUUGGUCCUUUCAGAAAUAAAGGAAAGAAGAAGAUGUCGUCUCCAAGCAAACGAAGAGAUAUGGAUGUCAUGAAACUGAUGAUGACAGAUUAUAAAGUGGAGACGAUUAACGACUCCGUCAGCGAGUUCUUUGUUGAGUUCAACGGCCCGCCAAACAGCUUGUACAGUGGCGGAGUUUGGAAGGUGAGGGUAGAACUGCCAGACGCUUACCCUUACAAAUCUCCAUCCAUUGGCUUUGUGAACCGCAUCUACCACCCCAACAUCGACGAGAUGUCAGGUUCCGUCUGCCUCGAUGUUAUCAACCAAACAUGGAGCCCCAUGUUCGAUCUCAUCAAUAUAUUCGAGGUCUUUCUUCCCCAACUCUUACUCUAUCCAAAUCCCACGGACCCCCUUAACGGCGAAGCUGCAGCUCUGAUGAUGAGGGACCGCAAGGUUUACGAGCAAAAAGUCAAAGAACACUGUGCCAGGUAUGCCAAACCAGAAGACAUCCGAGGACAGCAGGAAGAAGAAGAAGACGAUGCAGAAGAAGCAAGUGAUGAUGAGGAUUAUAAGAGCAGUGAAGAUGAAAUGGAAGUUGAAGGCAUUUAAUUGGUUCAACUACCCUCUUUGUAAAUAAAAUUUGUAAACAAUUGUGUGAUUCCUCUUCAGCCAAAACAUGUUAAUAAGAAAUGGAAGUAUUUCCACAUUCUCAA